ACAUUCGUUUAUAACUCAAUGGCUGUAGCUAAAUAACAACACUGUAUAUUUUGUUGUAUAUCCGUGGUUGGUGUGGUUUAUACACAGAAAUAAUCAUGUCAUGUUAAAAGAUGGCCAGAGUUUCAUUUCGCAUUAGGGUGCGAAUCUUACAUUUAUAGAUUAAUUUCACCCAAGUCUAGUGUGUGUCAAGUGACUCUUAAAAAUGUACGGAGCUAAAUUUGUGAGGCUGCCUGUGUUGUCAGUGUGUCUUGAUGAGCCCUCACAGCUGUAAGGACUGCCUUCGAGGCUGCAUGAUGGCAGGCUCUAGCAAGGAUGAGUCUUCUGCUAAGUGCGAGGAGAAUGGCUUUGGAGUAGAUGACAUGCCUUGUAUGUUUUCAGUUCCUUCAGAUUGUAAGGUGUAUCAUUAUACAACAUUUAGUGAUAUUAAACAAUGCCAUGGUUUGGGAUGGACAUUGGAGGCACACUGUCAAAGCUUGUUUACUUUGAGCCAAAGGAUAUCACCCCAGAUGAGGCAGAUGCUGAAGUAGAGACUCUGAAGAACAUCCGGCGCUACCUAACCAAGAACUCCGCGUACGGAAAGACGGGCCAUAGGGAUACACAUCUACAGAUGGACGAUAUCGUGAUUCGCCGUCGCAAAGGAACCCUUCAUUUCAUCCGCUUUCCGACUUGUGAAAUGGGGAACUUCCUGGCACUGGCAAAGUCCAAAGGCUUGGCCACUCUUGUCACAACUGUUAGUGCCACAGGAGGUGGAGCAUACAAGUUUGAAGAUAACUUUCGAAGGGAGUUGAACAUGCGUCUUGCCAAGUUUGAUGAGUUGGACUCGCUGAUUCGUGGCAUGCUGUAUGUGGAGACCAACAAUCCUUGUGAGUGCUACUACUGGAUCAAUCCCACAGAGGAUGAGUGCUGUGAAAAGAGGUUCUUCGAUUUCAGUGACCCAUAUCCUUUCCUGAUUGUGAACAUUGGGUCAGGCGUGAGCUUGCUUGCCGUGUCUGGACCAAACAGUUACAGGAGGAUAUCAGGCACUAGUUUGGGAGGGGGCACAUUCCUUGGACUCUGUUGUCUGCUGACAGAUUGUAAUUCCUUUGAGGAAGCAAUUGAUUUGGCAGCUAGUGGAGACAACACACGUGUGGACAAAUUGGUCAGAGAUAUCUAUGGUGGUGACUAUGAGCGUUUUGGACUGCCAGGAGAUCUGGUGGCUAGCAGCUUUGGGCAAAUGAACUCAAAAGAGAAGAGGGCUACAGUGUCACGGGAGGACCUUGCAAGGGCCACGUUGGUUACCAUCACCAACAACAUAGGCUCCAUUGCACGCAUGUGUGCAGUCAAUGAGAAGAUAGAGCGUGUUGUGUUCGUGGGCAACUUCCUGAGGGUCAACUCCAUAUCCAUGAAGCUACUAGCCCAUGCAAUGGACUAUUGGUCAAAGGGAACAUUGAAGGCUCUCUUCCUGGAACAUGAGGGUUACUUUGGGGCUGUGGGUUGUCUGCUAGAAUUCAACAGCCACGUCAGCUGAGUCUGUUACACAACCAUUCCUGUGCUGUCACAACAUUCAAGUACUGUAGUGGUAGAGCACAGUAAGUCUGUCCGCAUGAACUUGUUAGUAUUUCAGGGAUGUUGCAUGGUGUGCACACUCCUCUCAUGCUGUGUAGCCAUAGUAUUUAGCAAACAUGGCAGCUGCUGUCAAGUUCAUGUGGUCAAAUAUCUGAAACUAGGGAUCACUCAUACAUGUUAUAUUUUGAUGCCCUGUUUUCUUUUUUACAUUAUUGUCAAGUUGUUAGUAAUACUGCUGUGUAUUAUACUUGUUAAACAAAAGUUAAAAAUACAAUUUAUAAAUAUGUUUUUAAUUUAUUGUUAACUAAUUAUGGUAUGUGACUGAGUAUACUGGAUUCUUUAAGAAAUAAAUUAGACAUCAAUCUAUUUUAA